CACGUUUGUCCAUCUAUUUAUACUCUCGCCCCUUAAUACGGAGAGCCCUCCACUGUCCACGGCCUGUCACUGUGACCACAUUUGGAGCGACUGUCCGUAGUCCAGUGGUUGAGGGACAGCCGGGCUGAGGACGAGCAGCGGCACCGCUCACGUCCACUUCUCAUGCACGAAUAACCUCCCACUCACUGAUUGGUUUGCAGCCUCCGGUUUGUUGACUCAAUGAGAACAGAAAAGACAGAGGUGUCUGGAUCUGAUGGAAACUGAAUUUUACUGUCAAGACCGAACGACCCAUCUGCUUCCCAUUACUGACUCCUUUUAAGGGACAUGGAUGCCAUGGAGAGCCCAGUCCUCGAGUCCAGAUCAGAGCGGAUUGCUCGCUAUAAGGCCGAGAGGAGGCGAGAACUGGCGGAGCGAUAUGGAAAUAUGGAUGAACUGCCUUCAAAAUGGGUGAAGAGGGAUGGGAAGGAGGCGCAGGACCCGAGAGUGCAAGCUCACAGAGGGACUAUGAACUCAGACGGCCUCAGAGUUAACGGCAGGACACGAGGUGUUACGAAUGGAUUGGAGGCUCCUGCGGAAUGCAACUACUUAGAAAGGCAGGGUUCCCAGGACUCUGCCAGCAUGGUGAGCGGGGAGGGGCACCUCCUCCCUGGUGGACCCGAUGUCACACAGCUCCACACUCGGGUUUCGGUAGGCCAGUUGAGAAGUGCCCUCCUGCAGCAGACGGGGAGCGGAGAACCGCCUGAGAAAGUCUGCCCUGAUCCUGGGCGAGCCACGUCCUCUCUGGACCUGGCUGUGAACCCAGGCUCUGAGAGCGGCCGACGACGCACCCGCCGUUAUCUGCCUGGUGGGCCUGAGGGCGGUCGCAGGAACAGCGACCGCUUCAGGACGCAGCCAAUCACAGCCAAUGAGAUGGAGGAGAGCAGCGGGCUGGUGGAUGCACAGGAGGAGGAGAACUGUAAAGUGGACGUGAAAACAGACGACAGAGCCAAAAUGAGUGUCGCAGCCAAGAUGUCUUUGUUUAAAGAGCUGGAGAAGUCUGCAGCCCCCGAGGCCUCGGCCUUCCUGAAGCCUCGGUCAGGCGGCGUCUGUCACGAGCGCAGGGGGCGACGAGGCAACGACCACCGCUUCCUCACUCAGCCAAUCACCUGUGAGGAAAUGGUGGCUAUCAGCUCCAGGUCAUGUUGUUCCCACUUCAGUGCCCCUAAACCAGCUCUUCCAGUGGAGUCCCAGUGUGAGCAGGUGGAGUCGGUGGAAGAAGUCGAUGAAAGCUGCAGGCUGAGCAUGAGUGAGAAACUGGCCCUCUUUAAUAAUCUGUCUGUGCCGGGGAAGAAAGGGACCAGUCACACCGACGGGCCACCAGAGAGGCGGAGACAGAAGGGGGCCCGGUAUCGCACACAGCCCAUUACUGUGGAGGAGGUCAACCUGCUUCAGAAAGGACCCGUACAGCUUCCUGCCUUCCCUUUGUCCUCUCAUCUGUCCGACAGACAGCAGGCCUCGUCUGUCAACCUAAAACCCAGUGAGGUUCGUCUUUCUCAGCCCAGGCCUGACACGGAGUCCGGUCCUGGCUCUCAGGGUCACAACUCUGAACCUGGCUUAAGAGGAAUCCUAAAGAAGAAUCGCACUGAGCGCUCGUCAUGUAGCGGGACGGAGGGCGGUCACGCUGAUGUACCGCACAGCCAUGAGAAGAACGGCGCAGGUUGUGGGGAAGAAGCGGUGAUACACAGGAGGAUGGCGGCAACGGAGAGGCGUCGAGAGAGAGGUGAGGCCUCAGGUGUGGAGGGGGGAGCCUCGCUGGCAGCUCCUCCCUGGAGGCAGAGAACUCGAAACAGGAGGGAAACCAUUGCCUGUACACCAGUAAGAGCCUCGUCAGAGCAGGAUGCUCUUCAGGAGGAGACAAAACCACGGGACCAGUUGGUCUCCUCUGUGGACUGCAGUUCAGACAUGAAGAGGAAAGUCCUAAUCGAUGAGGAAACCACAGCCAUGGGACACGUGCAGGUCUCUUCUGAACUGCAGGAGACGACCAACCGCAGCAGUAGGAAGGAAGACACUGAAAACCUUUAUCGUGAAGGAAUCAACCCUCAGUGUUGGGAACCCGUCUUUGCCUCAGUCUUUUCUAGCUCGACACCCCAGUAUAUCAUGUGUUUCAAUCAGACAAAUUUGUCUUUCGAGGCACAAGAAGUCUCUUCCCCCACCAAGAACCCGACUCAGCCUCAGUGGAGACAAAAGGUGGACAAAGCUGAGGAGGUGAACGCACAGCAGGAAAGAGGAGAGGAGGAAACUGGAUACGUGAUGGAGAGAGGUCUCAGAUCUCCAGAACUGGACGCGAAUGUGACGUCUCCUAACGAGAAGCACUCAGUUAAAGCUCAGACAUGUUCACACCAAGAGAUGUCAGUGCAGUCUGUGAUGGAAUUUGAAGCUCCAUCACAGGCGCAGGACGUGAAGGACGAGACGCCUGCGUGUGAAUCCAGCAUGACGUUUAAUGGCGGUUUCUAUAGCGAUCAGCCGCCUCCAUCAGCCUGUGCCUUCCCGCCCUGUGGGGACGCUGCGACCACAGAGAGCGAGCAGGACCUGGGUGUCUUCUGCCAGACCAACACACCCAUACUGACGUCAGCAGUAGCAGAGCACAGGAGGUCGGUGCGUCCGUCCCGUCGUACUCAGGGUUCCAGAAAUCCUCUGAGGGCGCUCGCUGCCAGAGACGACAUCAGGCAGGACUUCAUGGCAGACAGAGCUGCUGAGGAGAGAGCACAAGCUGAGAAGAAGUGUAAGAACUCCUCUGCAGCCACAUCAGAAAACUGCCUCCUCUCCUCAGAUGCUGCUCAGAUGUCUCACCCUCCCUUCAGCAGCCUGAUGCUCAUUCAUAUCAAAGGACGGUGGCAUGUGCAGGCUCGUCUGGUGGAGCCCUCGGUGCGCUCACUGAACAGUGGAGACUGCUUCCUGUUGGUCACUCCGGAGCACUGCGCGAUGUGGAGUGGAGAGUUUGCCAGCGAGCAAGAGAAAGCCAAGGGUUUGGAGCUGGCGUCUUUCAUCCAGAGCCACAGCGAUCUCGGCUGUCACGCCUCGCAGGUCGUUCAUCUGGAGGAGGGUCUGAACUCUGAUGGCAGUGCGGCUGCAGAAUUCUGGAACCUCCUGGGAGGAAGGACACAGUACAGAGGAGCUGGUGCACCAGAGGAGGAUGAGCUGUAUGAGCGCGGUAUGGCAGAGUCCAACUGUGUGUACAGGCUGGUGGAGAACAGGCUGGUGCCUCAUGAACAAGCCUGGGCCUCCAUCCCCACCGUCUCCCUGCUGGGCUCCACGGAGGCCCUGGUGUUUGAUUUCGGCAGUGAGGUGUACCUGUGGCACGGACAGGAUGUUCCCUGCAGCAGCAGAAGCGUUGCUCUCCAGCUGACUCACCAGGUGUGGGCCGGCGCUUACGACUACAGCAACUGUCGAGUCAACCCACUGGAUCCCACACAGUGUAACCCCGGCAUACAGCUGAGAGGCGAGGGUCGUCCCAGCUGGGCACUGUUCAGUGUCCUCGCAGAGGACAAUGAGACGGCUCUGUUCAGAGAGAAGUUCAAAGACUGGACGGACAGACGCACAGGCAGGACGGGAGCUGCUUCAGUGGACAACGAUACACAGUCUGUCCCAGCCCUAGCUCAGUCCGUCUCCCCAGCGUCAGACCUGCUCUCUCCCUGUGACGCUAAGGCCCUGGUGUCGGGUCAGUCGCUGGAAGGAGACGGUCUGGUCCAUAAUGUGCUGGGCGGUAUCGACGUCCACAGAGGGUACGGCGUCCUCACGCUGGAGGGUGGACCUCGGAUGCAGCUGGGAACGGUUGCGGUGGACACCUGGCACGUGCAGGAGUUUGACGACAGUGAAAUUCCCGUGGCGAGCACUGGACAACUUCACGAGGGAGACGCCUACGUCGUCCGCUGGACAUACAGCGUCAGUGCUGCCGACGAGAUGAACGGUUCAGAUGAAUGUAGCUCUGGUCCAUCGCAAAAAGAAAACACCGCCUUCUUCCUGUGGCGCGGUCGUCAUUCCAGCGCCAGUGGACGUGACACCGCUGCUUUCCUGUCGAUUGGUAUGAACAACCUGGAAGAGUCGCAGGUGCUUGUACCUCAGGGGAAGGAGCCUCCUUGUUUCCUGCAGCUUUUCCAGGGAGGCCUGGUCAUUCAUAGGGGCAAACGCGAGGAAGCCUCCACUAAUGCAGCGUGGCGUCUGUUCUGUGUGCGAGGGGAGCUGCCAGAGGAAGGAUCGCUGUUAGAGGUGGACUGCUGCUGUGCAGGCCUGCGCUCCAGGGGCUCUGUUGUACUGCUGAACUGCCAGCAGGGGGUGCUGUACCUCUGGACUGGUUGUAAAGCCCAGGCAAGCACCAGAGAGGUCAGCAAGAGGGCAGUGGAGCGCCUCACUCAACUGUGUCCACCGGAGCUGGGUCUCAGUAAAAGCUGUCCUGUGAAAGUGGAGGCGAUAGAGGAGGGUUCAGAGCCGGCAGACUUCUGGACAGCACUGGGACACAUGGACAGGAAGGCCUAUGACUGCAUGCUGCAAGAUCCAGGGAAGUAUAACUUCACUCCUCGUCUCUUCCAUCUGAGUGCCGCCUCUGGGAGAUUUCAGGGGGAAGAGCUGCAGAGUCCAUGUCGGCUGCCGGGGCUUGUGACGGCAAUGCCGUUUGUCCAGGAGAGUCUGUUCUCUGUCCCACAGCCAGCCUUGUUCUUACUUGACAACCGUCUGGAGGUGUACCUGUGGCAGCGGGGUCAGCCUGAGCAGACUCAGAGCUCAGCGUUGGCCUGGAGCCGCUGGAACAGUGAGAGGAAGUGUGCCAUGCAGACGGCGCUGCAGUACUGCAAAGAGAUGAACCCGAGACGUCCACCUCAGGCUUAUCUCAUCUUUGAGGGUUCGGAACCGCUCACCUUCACCAACGUCUUCCCUCACUGGGAGAGAAACCUGGGACCUCACACACAGGGCGACACAGACAGAGGAAAGCUGACCUUGGUGCAGGACGCCCUGGCCCAGCUCAUGAGGACCCAGUACCCUCUGGAGGAGCUGCUGCAGAACCUUUUACCUGAAGGAGUGAACCCACAGCAGCUGGACGUCUAUCUGUCUGACCAGGACUUCCAGACUGUUUUGGAAAUGAAGAGAGAUGAAGACACGCCUCCAUUCUGAGCUGGAAGCUAAUUGAUCCGAGGAAAAGCAAAGGGUUGCUUUGCAUGUGGAGGCAGACUGAUGAGGACAACGCUGCUGCCAACACUUACUCUUCCAGAGGAGAAGACAAAAGGGUUUUUACCACCGUGUUGUUGCACAAAAGGACUAAUCACAACAUAAUGAAAACAAGAAGGAAAAAAAAAAUCCACUUUUAUUUAUGUCAGAUUAGUAUGAUGUGUGGACUUUUUAUCAGACAUGGAUUUCUCUGUAGCUUUUGUCCAGAGCUAAAGUCUGUACAAAAUCAGUGAAGAAAAAGACAAAAACAGUGUGUGGGAGUCAAAGGUCAUCAGUAACAAACUGCAGAAUAAGGAUGAGAAAACACGGGAGUGCUUAUAAAAAUAUCAGUGCUAAUAAUAAACAAAUUAAACAAGAGAAAAUUAAAAAUAAAAGGCUUACCACUUUUAGGUUCUGAUUUACUAUUAAGUGCCGUUUUCUUCUUCCUCACAUAAUGAUUGUCACACUGUGACCACACAAUAUUUGCAUUUUUAGACAAUUGUGGGUCACGCGAUGCGCUCAUGUGUUCAUUUGUCUGCCGGCCAUUAGUUUACAAAGGUUUGUGCCAUGUGUGGCGUAACCCUGAGCCCAUGUGUUCACAGUGGCUGUGGGUAAAUGCCUUAUUAAGGCUCCACAGGGAUUCACUAAUAGUUAUGCAUGAGGGAACAGGAAGACAUGCUCCAAUAACAUCCCUCUGGUCCAAAACAACACGCUCAUUCUGCUUCACCUGAAUCAACACGCUGUUCAAAACACGCUCGUAACAGGGAAAAAAAAACACACACACAACAAACUGUGUCGGUACAAAGUUAAUGACGGAAAAACAUCACCUGUGCUAACAAAUGAUGCGCUUGUAGGUCACAUGUAGAUAAAACCACAUUACAUUUCAUACCAUGGUUUAAAUGUGUUUAUCAGCUACUAAAUUCAUUGAUGAAUUGGUUUGAUGUGUUUUAGUAAACUGAUAAUGUCUGUGAACAAAACAAGACAUUUGAGGUCAUCGUUGUUUUUUUAAGGCUUUGGGAGACGCUGAAUUUUCUUUUUCUGACAUUUUAUGGAACCAACAACAAAUCAGUUAACUGGUAAAAUAAUCCACUGAUUAAGCCACUGUUUUUUUUUGACUUAAUAUCUUGCAUAUAUAUUUAAAAAAAGGACAUAACUCUACCUAAUAAUUUGAUUUGAUGAUAUAACUGAAACAUUAAUGUGACUAGAAUUCUUUCUUAGUGAGAAACCAGUUCCAUUUUAAUGGCAGACUAUGUUAAGGGAUGAGCUGAUACGAUACUUAGUCUCUGUAUGGUCUGAUGCUUAUUUCUUUGUCACACAGUUGGAGAAUGAUGUCUUUGAAAUAGCUUGAAAUGGCUGUGGUAAAUGUAUCGGCACACAGGCUUUGUAUAAAAUAACUGUGAUUACA